AUGCCAAUUGAGCACUUGCUUAUCAUCCCACAAUCACCAACACUAAACCUCCAAAGCCAAACCCAAAGCAGCAUGGAGGUCACCAAUGACUCGAUUUCCAGAUCAAUUGGCGAUGUCGCUGACGCUCCUCCAGGGACGUCAUCAACCAGCAUCAUCGAUGUCCCUGAGGACCCGUUUAUUAAGUGGAUUACGAGCUCGACAGAUGCGGAUGCCACUGAUCCCACACCAGUAUCAUCAGCCCCAAAAAUCCCCAGAGUUCCAGCAUCAAUUAGGGAAAAACAAGACUACGAAAAAUACUUUGUUCCAAAGUUUGUCUCCAUUGGUCCGUACCAUUUUUGCAAAAAUAAACCCAUGUUGUUCGAGAAACGCAAGCCUGAAUUUGCAAUGAAGCUCUUUUCAAAUGACAGGGCUGCCGUAAAAAGUUUGUUCGAUAAGCUUGCUGAACCAGAAAUGGUGAAAGAUUUAAGAAGCUAUUAUGAUCAAGAACACAUGAUGGCAAGCUGCUUGUUUAGUGAUUCGGACUUCACAAAGAUGAUGUUGCUGGAUGGUUGUUUUAUUUUUUAUUUCAUUUGCUCCAUUUACAUUGGGUGGAUCAAAGAUUACUCGGAGUUCAAAAGCAAUGAGGUUUUCUUUAUUCGUCGAGAUCUCUAUUUGUUGGAAAACCAAAUUCCAUUCGAAGUUCUAAAGGAGGUGAUGACGAUGAUGAUGAUGAAACCAACCCGUAUGUUUAAAUAUAUUAUUAAUGAAGGGUUCUUCGAAACUAGCAGUUUGUUAGAAUUCGUUAAACCAUUCAUCGAUAUGAGCAGUUUUGUGAUACGCAAGCAGCCGAAAAGAAAGUGGUUAGACAGAUUUAAAAUAAGAAGACGAUCGACGACAAAUGAAGACAUAAGCGAUGAGUUCCAAAGAGAAGAAAAAGAACCCGAUCAUCUUCUCGGUGCUCUUCAUGGUGAGCAUGCCAGGAUAGUCAAAGUUCCAACAGAUAGCUACAGAUUCAACGGUUGCAACUUCCGCAGUGUUAACGAGCUUGUGGACGUUGGGAUCCAUUUCAAGCCUAUUAUAGACACACUCUCGAUGACUCGCAUUGAAUUCGUUAAAGGCAGCUGGUGGGGUUUUUCAGCGAAUGUAAAGCUGCCUCCAAUAGCUGUGAGUGAUUACACCAGGCCUAUGUUGUUAAACAUGAUGGCCUAUGAAACGUGCAAGUGCUCAGUUGGUCGUUCAUGGGUUAAAUCGUAUGUAUAUCUUCUUGGUACGCUGAUUGAUGACAUUGAGGAUGUUAAGAUUCUUAGAAAAGCUUGGGUACUUCAUAACCUUUUAGCUAGUGAUCAAGAAGUAGUGAAAUUGUUCGACGAAAUAGGCAUUGAUUUGGUUGAAAAUGGUUUCAAAUACCUGGAAGUGAAAUACAGGAUACAAAGGCAUUUAGAAAGUUGGACGAACACACUAUUCUCCCAGCUAAAGAAUGAAUAUGUCAAGAGCCCAUGGGCAUUUUUAGCACUUCUUGGAGCUUUGAUAGCUCUUUUUCUUACUGGUGUUCAAACUUAUUAUACUGUUUGGCGUCCCUAA